AUGCUUUUUUUCCUUAUUCAAAUAUCCAAGAUAGAACUUCAAGAAAAAGUCAUUAACUUAGAGAGAGAAAUUACAAAUAAGCAAAAGGAACUUCAUAGAAUUCGAGAACAGUUAGAUUCCGCGAAAGAAUUUGAUCAAGAUUUAAAAAACAGAAUCAAUUUCAUCGAAAACUCACAUAUGCCAUAUCCGCCACAAAAACCUAUUGAAAAUGAAUUCUUUCUUUUUAACAGUACUUCAAAGGAAGGCUUUUUUAAAAAAAUUUUGGUUGAAGCUAGAGAUACAUUACCGUUUUCUAAAGAAAUAACAUUUCAGUCAAAUGAUUCUGGUCCAUACUCUUCAAUUCGUUUUGGCAAACCAGAAAAAUACAAUUGUUAUCCUUCUAGUUUUCAUAUUUCCAUUGUUCUUAACAAAGAUAACCAAAUUAGCCUCCCUAAAGUCAACAGACAAGGGGAAUUUUAUUCAGAUAUUAAUUUUCCAUUCCCAAUUCAAUUUUCACAAAUUAAAAUAACUUUAGAAUCUACAAUUUCUGCUGAUUGCUUCCCUAAAAUUUAUGCAAAAGGAUUUCAUUGA